AUUUCGAGAUGCCGCUAGCCAACGGUCCGUAACGGCGGUAAGGUAUGCACGAUUCCCGCCACCUAUCGAUAAGAGCUCUAUGCUUCCCCCGUCAACAUCAUCAACAGUGAUCACAGCUUCCCAGUCAAUAUUGCUACUGGCAGCGCCAUCAUCCAAAGUCUGAAAUGGCCUCAUCAGAGAUCAAUACGCAGCUCAGCCAGGCGGAGCGUGCAAGCCCACAGCAACGUACAGACGCAUAUGGCAGCCUUCUCAGCCACAUCAUAUCACAAAAUGGCAGCCAACUUCCGGCAAAUCUAAUUGCCUAUGUACAAAGCAUACUCUCCGACAGCAUUGGUGUUAUUCACUCACGUCCGCUUCUCUCAGCCUUUGUUGAGCAAUACCGCAAUGUUCAUAACAAUGAAGCCAAGAUCGAAGCUGGCAACGAAAUCGUGCAACUCCUCGCCCCUCGCGUCGUAAGCUACGAACAGCAAGACACUGAGAUCAAGUUCAUCUUAGCAGACGCCUACGAAGCAGAGGAUGACUUCAUCAACUCCGCCAAGACCUUGCAGACCAUCACUCUCGACUCCAGCCAGCGCAACGUGACCGACGACGAGAAGGCAAGGGUCUGGAUGCGCAUAUGCCGCUGCUAUCUGGAAGAAGACGACCCGACGAACGCUCUCACUUACCUCAACAAAGUCAAACAGGUCAUCUACAGCGUCACCGACCAACCUACUCGGCUGCAGUUCCAGCUAAGUCAAGCACGCAUCUUCGACAGCCAGCGCAGUUUCCUCGAUGCGUCAACAGCCUACCUCGCUCUCUCCAAUGAGAGCAUCAUCGACGAGGAUGAGCGCUUGCAAGCACUAUUUGCCGCAAUCACCACGGCUGUCUUAGCGCCAGCUGGACCGGCCCGUGCUCGACAGCUAGGCAGGCUGUACAAAGAUGACCGUGCGAACGAGACGCCCGAGUACAGCAUCCUCGAGAAGAUCUUCCUUGACCGUCUGCUCUCCCCGUCAGAGGUCUCGGCGUUUGCGGCGAAUCUACGCGAGCACCAGCUCGCCAAGACAAGCGACGGCAGCACCGUCCUCGACAAGGCGGUACUAGAGCACAACCUUUUGGCCAUUUCGCGUCUGUAUCAGAACAUCAGCAUCUCUUCUCUUGGCGCUCUCCUGGGCGUCGAAGCAGACCGUGCAGAGGCAUAUGCUGCAGGCAUGAUUGAGUCGAAGCGGCUGUCUGGAUCUAUCGACCAGAUCGCUGGCGUGAUUCACUUUAACACAGACGGUGGGCAGGACCGGAGUACCAUGGAUUCGCGAGCCUUUGAUGUUAAUGUGCAAGGUCUCGCCGAGGAGGUGGAGAAGGUGGCGACAAUGCUGCAGAGAGCGGAGCCGGCGUUCUACGACAAGAUCAUGGUUGCUUGAUCGCAACGUCUGGGACUCGUAGUGGCACUGCAACAAUCAGAUUCAUGGCCGCGGCUCGCUCGCUUUCGAGUAUAAAGCGUGCGAGGCAAUGUACUAAUAAUCAGAGUGGACGGCCUCGAAUGACAUGGAGGUUUCAAGGCAAAAGCCUCAAGCCGUUAGGAAC